AUGAUGGACCGCACCCUCUGCCCGCUCAGGCAGAUUCGCCAGGCAUGCCCCUUCAUGGGCCGCGUCCCCAUGCCUCAGCUUCGACAGCUCUCCACCACCCCCAGCCGACUCAUCUCGCAGGCUCAGCAGUGCCCCGUCAUGAGCCAGAGCCUCGCCAUCAAGGCCGAGCAGACCGGUGCUGACGCUGCUGCCAACACCUUCACUCCGACCUUUGGUGCUUCCGGCAGCUCCUUCUUCGCUCAUGCCGCUCGCCCUGCCGCCGCCGCCGCCGCUCCUACUGGUUGUCCCUUCUCCGGUCACAUGAACGGAGGCGCCGCUCAGCAGGUCCGCUCUUACGUCUCGCGCUCCGAGGCUGCUCGUGCUGCCGAGGCUCGUCCCGACGACAUUGAGCGUCUCCACGCCAAGGAAGGCAUCAGCCUCGCCGACCAGGCCGCUGCUGAGAAGUGCCCUCACGCCCGCAAGCUCGCCGAGGCCGCCGCCGCCGCUUCUGCCAACGACUCGCUGCCCCAGCAGCAGCGCAGGAAGAGCAUCAAGAACAAGCAGGUCCGCACCCCUGGUUCCGGCCUCGGCGUCCACCCUGACCCCGAGCCGUACAACCGCCCUGGCUUCCACUACGAGAAGUUCUACCACGACCAGCUCCAGGCUAAGCAUGCCGACAAGUCCUACCGUUACUUCAACAACAUCAAUCGUCUGGCCGGCAAUGCUCCCAAGGGUCACCUUUCCGCCGAAGCCGACGAGAUCACCGUCUGGUGCGCCAACGACUACCAAAACAUGAGCCGCCACCCCGCUGUUCUCGAGGCCAUGAAGGACACCCUCGACAAGUACGGCGCUGGCGCUGGAGGCACUCGUAACAUUGCCGGCCACAACCGUCACGUCGAGACCAUCGAGCAAACCGUCGCUCAGCUCCACCGCAAGGAGGCUGCCCUCGUCUUUGGCUCGUGCUACGCCGCCAACGACGCUACGCUCACCAUCCUGGGCUCCAAGCUGCCCAACUGCGUCAUCCUCUCCGACUCGAGCAAUCACGCCUCCAUGAUCCAGGGCAUCAAGCACUCUGGUGCCAAGAAGGUCAUCUACAAGCACAACGACAUGGCUGACCUCGAGGCCAAGCUGCAGGCCAUCCCCGUCGACGUGCCCAAGCUCAUCGCCUUCGAGUCGGUUUACUCCAUGUGCGGAACCGUCGGGCCGAUCGAAAAGACCAUUGAGCUGGCCGAAAAGUACGGCGCCAUCACGUUCCUCGAUGAAGUCCACGCCGUUGGCAUGUACGGUCCGCGCGGUGCUGGUGUCGCCGAGCAUCUCGAUUGGGACGUCCAGGUCGCUCAGGGUCACAAGCCCGGUCUGCUCAAGGGCACCCUCAUGGACCGCAUCGACAUCAUCACCGGCACCCUCGGCAAAGCCUACGGCAACGUCGGCGGUUACAUCGCCGGUUCGAACCGUUUCGUCGAUCUCAUUCGUUGCUUUGCUCCUCAGUUUAUCUUCUCCACCACCCUCCCUCCGGCCGUGCUUACGGGAGCCAACAAGGCCAUCGAAGUUCUGAUGGAGUCCAACGACUCUCGCAUCCUCCAACAGAUCCGUACGCGGGAGACCAAGGACAAACUCAUCGCUGCUGGCAUUCCUCUGCAGCACAAUCCGAGUCACAUUGUCCCCGUCCUCGUCGGUGACGCAUCCAAGGCCAAGGCGGCAUCGGACAUGCUACUGGAGGAGUUCGGAUGCUAUGUUCAGCCGAUCAACUUCCCGACCGUUGCUCGGGGGUUGGAGAGGUUGCGUGUGACGCCUACGCCCGGUCACACGUCGGCGGAUGUCGAUCACCUGGUCUAUGCGCUGACGGAGAUUUGGAAGGAAUUGGGUCUGCGCACGGUUGCCGACCUGCGUGCCGCUCCGGAGGGCGAUGUGCUGGCUGACCUCUUCAAGGCCAGCGAGCAGCGUGAGAGCCCCCUGUGGACCGACAAGCUGCUCGGUUUGCAGGAGCUCAAGGCCGACGUGCGAGCUAACGGUUUUGCCGGCGUCGAUGGCUCUGCUGCCCGCGCUGUUGGUGUUGCUGCCUAA